AUAUAAAGGACAGCUCACCACUCAGAUUAUCCACUUUUAAUAACGUUCUGAUAGUCACCGCCAGCUCUUGGUAAGCUUUUAGUUGUCUAUUUCUUACAUAUGAGUAGUGAUUGUUAGUAACAAUAAUUUAUAUAUACUUAUAUUCGGUUUGGUAGGUCAAAUUAUUUGUAAGCCAACAUUAAACAUCCAAUUGAGCACACACAUUACAAUUACAAUGAAUCCUGGUAGUUUAACAUUUAAAACUGUUUUUUUUUUCCUUGUGAGGGAAGUCAGUGAUAAAGAGGAAACCCUGAUAGGGUACUCAGUAUUUAAAAUGUGCUUGGAUUUAACCCAUCAAACAACCAACUAUUACAAAGGUUUUCUUUCUUGCAGAUUACUCAUCAUGUCUCUAAAACUGUCUUACUUUGACCUGCGUGGCAGAGCGGAGACCAGCCGUCUUGUCUUACAUGCAGCCAAAAAGAAGUUUCAUGACAACCGGGUGGCAUUCUCUGACUGGGGCAACCUUAAACCAAGUAAGGCAACCAGGCAGAGGAAUAAAUAAAUGCAUUUUUAUUACUUCCUUCUUACAGGCCGAUGGUAGACUCAAGAUGAUAGACUCGGGGUAAUAAUUUCAUGAUGUCACCUUGUGAGAGUAUUCCUAUAAUUAUUAAAUCCCUUGAACACGCUUGAGCCCAUCAUUUCGUGUGCUUUUUGUUAACCAUUGCUAUUGGUGAAUGCUCGAUUAAAAUUGAUAUUUUCAAUAAUCAGUGUUAAAUAUGCGUAUGCAAAUGAAAUAUUCAUAGAUUUCAUUAUUCACUUUAAAAAAAAAAAAGCAAAAUGAAAUAUUAAAUUUUUCGUUGUUUUUUUUUUUGUCCGGACAACCACAACCACCCCCACCACCACCUCCCCCCAACCUUUCCCCAAUCGUCAGCCCCGUAUCCGCCACCGAUAAGAAAUGUGGGUCCCGUACAACGGAUCUUCCCUAUUCAAAAUGUCUUACGUGAACCCGGAAGCCACGACUUACGCCAAAACCGGAUACAAAUACACGACAGUCAGAGCUUCAGUAUUCAGAUACAUGGUGCAAACUUGGAGUUUAUAAUUGCAAGUCACCAAGCGGGCAUUUGCAUUCAAUCUAUUUUACAAUCAGUGUUGGAGCGAGAAAGUGUGUCCGCCCAGUGGCGUACCUAGGAGGAUACGAAAGGGGAGACCCCCCUGCGCGGCACUUAGGAAUAGCUUAUACUUGCCUAAGUUUAUACCAAUCGAUGUGUGUUGUAAAGGGGAGGGGGGCGCACUUUUGGAAAUUCUUCCCGGCAGUACUUAGACUCCACUGCCGCUCCCCCCCCCCAACGGAUUAACCAUAGUGAAACUGUUGCACUUGCACCAGGCCUACUCUAAGUUUUGAAAAUAGUAAGCCUACUUAUCCGAUGAAGUCAUUACGUCAUGAAGUAGUGAAUGUUUAUACUCUUCGAUUUAGUUAUAUGGAUGGGUUUUGUUUUUUUUUUAAAUCGAGGAAAGAAAUACUUAGCUCAUCGGCAUGAAGUUAAACAAACUAUUUAUGUAUCAGGAACUGUGGCGUAAGAAUAGAAAAGCUGAGAUAAAGCUUUAAUCGGAAGCCAAAAACAGAGGAAUUGUUAUUUGAGCCGGUUUUGUUUAAAGCUAUUGGCUGCAGGUGGGACCCGAAGUAUAUCGUAUUUGAGCUUGGUUUGUAAUCUAUUUUCACUUGAUGUACUCAAUCCUUCAAUAAAUAAACCAGGACAGAAAAAAAAGCACUCACCUGGUACAAAAUUGUACGAAAGGUCCCCUAAUUGGGAUGGUCACCGUAUUGGAAUGGUCACCUUAUUGUAUGACCAAUAUGAAAUUCUAUUAUUUGAUGUGUUUUUUUUUAACACUGAGCUAUUUCCAUGAUGUCACUGGUGGCUCGAUUACCACUCAUCACUCAUGACGUAAGUUCCGAUCCUUGUCCACUCCAGUAUCGCACAGAAAUCAUCUUAAUGAAAAGAUUGAACAUCAGCAAACACACCGUGUUAUUCAUCUUAUAAUUUUGAACAUCAGCAAACACGCAGUAUUAUUCAUCUUAUAAUUUCUGUAUUGUUAACGUCAAAUUGAUUAUAAUUUUCAGUGAACUGAACGUUUGACACUUUCACCGAACGUUUGACACUUUCACCGAACGUUUGACACUUUCACCGAACGUUUGACACUUUCACCGAACGUUUGACACUUUGACCGAACGUUUGACACUUUCACCGAACGUUUGACACUUUCACCAAACGUUUGACACUUUCACCGAACGUUUGACACUUUCACCGAACGUUUGACACUUUCACCGAACGUUUGACACUUUCACCAAUCGUUUGACACUUUCACCGAGGAGCUUUGUAAAGUUUAUUUACAAAAGUGAAACUGAUGCUGUGUUGCCAUCACAUGAUCCCCAUCCCCACACGUGACUCUGUACACCUUUAAAUCCGUUAUGUUUUUCUUUUCUUCCAGAAACCCCAUUUGGCAGUUUGCCUGUGUUGGAAGUUGACGGCCAACAGUUCGCUCAAGGAAUGGCUCUAGCAGCGUUCCUGGCGAGGGAGAAUGGUAAGUCACUCUUUACAAGCGAAUAUACUCACCCAACAUAAAUUGUUUUUAAAAUAUGUAGAGCCCCCCCCCCCCCCUUUUUCUUUAUUGAGAAUUGGAUUAUUGUUUUACCGGUAGCAAGUAACUGUGAUUUAUUAUCUGUAACUUCGCGAGUUACAUCCCCUUUCAUACACGUGAUUUAAAAUUCGAUUUCAAAAGUUAUUGAUUGGACCAGAAAUGAUGCCCCCAAACCAAAUUUAUAUUGACAUUAAAUCAGAAAGCUACAUGUGCUCAUUUGAGAUAACAAAAAUAAUUUCAUUUAACACUUAGUUGAGUUAGAGUUAAUUCAUUGUAUCUUCUAUACACUACAACAUCGUAUUCUUUGUUUGACUCUAUUGCUAUGUCUUGUGCUAGGCUUGUAUGGAAGCAGUAACCUAGAGGGCCUUGCCAUCGACCAAAUCCACGUCCUCAGGGAGGAUCUCAUCGUGGAGGAAAUUAACCUCUUCAAAGAGAAGGAUGCGACCAAAAAGGUGGGUUGGCCAACAUUGAUCUGGGUUGACCGACAUUGAGGUGGGUUGACCAAUUUUGAGGUGGUUUGACAAACUAUAAGAUAGGUUGACCAACACUGAGGUGGGUUGACCAACACUGAGGUGGGUUGACCAAUUUUGAGGUGGUUUGACCAACACUGACAGCACUGUCUGAACUAUAGUAAAGUAAACAUAAUUAAAAAUUAGGACUAAACCUGAAUUUUCUAUAUCUUGAGGGCCCACGAUGACUGUACUGAUCAUUCUGGCUCCUAUUUAUGUAGAGGGGAUUUGUGAUGUUAAUAUGCUUGGUACUGAAGAGAAAAUUUCUCCUGAACCUAUUUCAAAACCCGCGAGACUUCAGUCCCGUCAGUAUUUCAAUGUGUGUCUACCCAAGGAGAGCCGGUGAACAGUUACAUAUAGUGCCCAAUUUGUUUUCUUACCUCACUUUAUAGGUUUUAAAAUAUAAUGUUUUUUCUUCUUUUUUUUUCUUUUCUUUACAGGCAGAGCUUGUCAAGACUAUGACUGAGACCGUGUAUCCCCGUUUCCUGGCCUACUUUAACAAACUUAUUGAAGAAAACAAAGAGAAAACCAAAUCCAAGUUUGCUGUUGGCACAAAGGUAAACACCCUGGGAAAUGUCCACAAUUCUUUUAUAGUGAAUUAAAGCUAGCACAAUUUUUUUAGUUCAUAAAACAAGCAUUAAUCAAUUCGUGACUUAAAACAUUUAGGUACUUUUAUCUUGUCACAACCAAGACUUCUUCGGUCAUUUACCGAACUGUUUCAAUUAAAGGAACAUAUUUUGUAAACUUUGGACGUAGAAGAUAUGAAAUUUCCGGUUUCAAAUAGUUUUAUUUAGACUUAGAUUAGAAUAGCCAUGUUACAGUUCUGACUAACCAGUGCUAAUAAAUGUCCAUCGAUUCUUCAGUUGAGCCUGGCAGACAUUGUCAUCUUUGAGGGCACCACCAGCGUCUCGCAGACAAAUCCAGAACUGGUGGACAAGUACCCAGCCGUUAAAGCUUUGAGGUCCACCGUGUCCGAGGUUGAGGGCAUUAAACAGUAUUUGGAAUCAAGGAAGAAGACAGAUCUUUGAUUUCAUCCAAUGAACCUGGCUUGUACAUAGUUGUAUCUAUUUUUUUUUCGUUUCGAAAAACAAUGGCGUAUUGACAAGUGAAAAUAUUGAAGGGUGGAAAAUAACAACUCUUGGACAAAACCAUUUAAAAAAAAUUAAUUUGAGAAAAUUACCCUCAACCCAUGACAUCCGCAUUGCUCGCUUUGUAUAGAACCAUCUCGAUAAGACUUGUCCACUUGAACUAAAUCACUUUAUUUCCUAAAGUACUUCUUAGUUAAUGUUGCUCAUUUCUUUACAAAACAUUAAGCCACGCCACCAGAAAUUCAGAAAUUUCCUGCCCCCCCCCGGGGGGCACUUUAGAAUUUUCGGGGGGGGGGGUUAGUGCCAGCAAUUCCAGCUAAUUUAUUGUUGGAAAUAUUUUUGCUGGGGGGGGGCACUUGGCUUUCCCGGGGUGGGGGCACCUCCACCCCCCCUCCACCCCCCCCCCCGGGAGAUAUAGCUGAAAGAAACCCUGCACGCCACUGAGUACAGACCUUUCCUUUAUCUGCUACCAAUUGUUGUUCUCAUAUUGAAUGUCAAGUUUGAAAGAAUCAUUGUUGAAACUUUUGUCGACUGUAUCAUUUGGAAUUCCUCAUAAUGUGAUCAAACAAUGAAUAAACAAAGUUUUUUAAAUUUU